GUUCCCUACAGCCCGCGAACUCGGCAGGAGCUGCAGCUGCCGCCGCCCGUGUCUUCAAGGUCUCACCGCUCGUUCAGCAGAGACCCGGGCUCGGCCGCCAUGUCCGUCGCGGACGAGGUUGAUGGAUUGGGCGUGGCUCGGCCGCACUAUGGCUCUGUCCUGGAUAAUGAGAGACUCACUGCAGAGGAGAUGGAUGAAAGGAGACGUCAGAAUGUGGCUUAUGAGUACCUUUGUCAUUUGGAAGAGGCCAAAAGGUGGAUGGAAGCAUGCCUAGGAGAGGGUUUGCCACCCACCACAGAACUGGAGGAAGGGCUUCGGAAUGGGGUCUACCUUGCCAAACUAGGAAACUUCUUCUCUCCGAAAGUGGUGUCUUUGAAAAAAAUCUACGAUCGAGAGCAGACCAGAUACAAGGCAACUGGCCUACACUUUAGACACACUGAUAAUGUAAUUCAGUGGUUGAAUGCCAUGGAUGAUAUUGGAUUGCCUAAGAUUUUUUACCCAGAAACCACAGAUAUCUAUGAUCGAAAGAACAUGCCAAAAUGUAUCUACUGUAUUCAUGCACUCAGUUUGUACCUGUUUAAACUAGGCCUGGCUCCUCAGAUUCAAGACCUUUAUGGAAAAGUUGACUUCACAGAAGAAGAAAUCAACAACAUGAAGAUUGAACUAGAGAAGUAUGGGAUCCAGAUGCCUGCCUUCAGCAAGAUUGGGGGCAUCCUGGCUAAUGAACUGUCUGUGGAUGAAGCUGCAUUACAUGCUGCUGUUAUUGCUAUUAAUGAAGCUAUUGAUCGUAGAAUUCCAGCUGACACGUUUGCAGCUUUGAAAAACCCCAACGCAAUGCUUGUAAAUCUUGAAGAGCCUCUGGCUUCUACUUACCAGGACAUACUUUAUCAGGCCAAGCAAGACAAAAUGACAAAUGCUAAAAACAGGACAGAAAACUCCGAGAGAGAAAGGGACGUUUAUGAGGAGCUACUCACUCAAGCUGAAAUUCAAGGCAAUAUAAAUAAAGUCAACACAUUUUCUGCAUUAGCAAAUAUUGACCUGGCUUUAGAGCAGGGAGAUGCCCUGGCCUUGUUCAAGACUCUGCAGUCUCCUGCUCUGGGUCUUCGAGGACUCCAGCAACAGAACAGUGACUGGUACUUCAAGCAGCUCCUCAGUGAUAAGCAGCAGAAGAGACAGAGUGGUCAUACUGAUCCCCUGCAAAAAGAGGAGCUGCAGUCUGGAGUAGAUGCUGCAAACAUUGCUGCCCAGCAAUAUCAGAGAAGAUUGGCAGCAGUGGCAGCAAUUAAUGCUGCAAUCCAGAAGGGUGUUGCUGAGAAGACUGUUUUGGAACUAAUGAAUCCUGAAGCGCAGCUGCCCCAGGUGUAUCCAUUUGCUGCUGAUCUUUAUCAGAAGGAACUUGCUACUCUGCAGCAACAGAGUCCUGAACAUAACCUCACCCAUCCAGAGCUCUCUGUUGCUUUGGAGAUGCUAUCAUCAGUGGCCCUAAUCAACAGGGCACUGGAAUCAGGAGACAUUAGUACAGUGUGGAAGCAAUUGAGCAGUUCAGUUACAGGCCUUACCAACAUUGAGGAAGAAAACUGUCAGAGGUAUCUCGAUGAGUUGAUGAAACUGAAAGCUCAGGCACAUGCAGAGAAUAAUGAAUUCAUCACAUGGAAUGAUAUCCAAGCUUGUGUGGACCAUGUGAACCUGGUGGUACAAGAGGAACAUGAACGGAUUUUGGCCAUUGGUUUAAUUAAUGAAGCCCUGGAUGAAGGUGAUGCCCAAAAAACUCUGCAGACCCUGCAAAUUCCUGCAGCUAAACUUGAAGGAGUUCUUGCAGAAGUAGCCCAGCAUUACCAAGAUACACUGAUUAGAGCAAAGAGAGAAAAGGCCCAGGAAACCCAGGAUGAGUCAGCUGUGUUAUGGUUGGAUGAAAUUCAAGGUGGAAUUUGGCAGUCCAACAAAGACACCCAAGAAGCACAGAAGUUUGCCUUAGGAAUCUUUGCCAUUAAUGAGGCAGUAGAAAGUGGUGAUGUUGGCAAAACACUGAGUGCCCUUCGUUCCCCUGAUGUUGGCUUGUAUGGAGUCAUCCCUGAGUGUGGUGAAACUUACCAGAGUGACCUUGCCGAAGUCAAGAAGAAAAAACUGUCAGCAGGAGAUAAUAAUAGCAAGUGGGUGAAGCAUUGGGUGAAAGGCGGAUAUUAUUAUUACCACAAUCUGGAGACCCGGGAAGGAGGAUGGGAUGAACCCUCAGACUUUGUGCAAAAUUCUGUGCAGCUUUCUCGGGAAGAGAUCCAGAGUUCCAUCUCUGGGGUGACUGCUGCGUAUAACCGAGAACAGCUUUGGUUGGCCAAUGAAGGCUUGAUCACCAAGCUGCAAGCUUGCUGCCGUGGCUACUUAGUUCGACAGGAAUUCCGGUCCAGAAUGAAUUUCCUGAAGAAACAAAUUCCUGCCAUCACCUGCAUUCAGUCACAGUGGAGAGGAUACAAGCAGAAGAAGGCAUAUCAAGAUCGUUUAGCUUACCUGCGCUCCCAUAAAGAUGAAGUUGUGAAGAUUCAGUCCCUGGCAAGGAUGCAUCAAGCUAGAAAGCGCUAUAGAGAUCGCCUACAGUAUUUCCGAGACCAUAUAAAUGACAUUAUCAAAAUCCAGGCUUUUAUUCGGGCAAACAAAGCUCGUGAUGACUACAAGACUCUCAUCAAUGCUGAGGAUCCUCCUAUGAUUGUGGUUCGAAAAUUUGUCCACCUGCUGGACCAAAGUGACCAGGAUUUUCAGGAAGAGCUUGAUCUUAUGAAGAUGCGGGAGGAAGUCAUCACCCUCAUUCGUUCCAACCAGCAACUAGAGAAUGACCUCAAUCUCAUGGAUAUCAAAAUUGGACUGCUAGUGAAAAAUAAAAUUACAUUGCAGGAUGUGGUUUCCCACAGUAAAAAACUUACCAAAAAAAAUAAGGAACAGUUGUCUGAUAUGAUGAUGAUAAAUAAACAGAAGGGAGGUCUCAAGGCUUUGAGCAAGGAGAAGAGAGAGAAGUUAGAAGCUUAUCAGCACCUGUUUUAUUUACUGCAGACCAACCCCACCUAUCUGGCCAAGCUGAUUUUUCAGAUGCCCCAGAACAAGUCCACAAAGUUCAUGGACUCUGUAAUCUUCACACUCUACAACUAUGCAUCCAAUCAGCGAGAGGAGUACCUGCUACUGCGACUGUUUAAGACAGCUCUCCAGGAGGAGAUCAAGUCAAAGGUAGAUCAGAUUCAAGAGAUUGUGACAGGAAAUCCUACAGUUAUUAAGAUGGUUGUAAGUUUCAACCGUGGUGCCCGGGGCCAGAAUGCAUUGAGACAGAUCUUGGCCCCUGUCGUGAAAGAGAUUAUGGAUGACAAAUCUCUCAACAUCAAAACUGACCCUGUGGACAUCUACAAAUCUUGGGUUAACCAGAUGGAGUCCCAGACAGGAGAGGCAAGCAAACUGCCCUAUGAUGUGACCCCUGAGCAGGCUCUGGCUCAUGAAGAAGUGAAGACAAGGCUAGACAACUCUAUUAGGAACAUGAGGGCUGUGACAGACAAGUUCCUCUCAGCCAUCAUCAGCUCUGUCGACAAAAUCCCUUAUGGGAUGCGCUUCAUUGCCAAAGUGCUGAAGGACUCGUUGCAUGAGAAGUUCCCUGAUGCUGGUGAGGACGAGCUGCUGAAGAUUAUUGGUAACUUGCUUUACUACCGAUACAUGAAUCCAGCCAUUGUUGCUCCUGAUGCCUUUGACAUCAUUGACCUGUCGGCAGGAGGCCAACUUACCACUGACCAACGCCGAAAUCUGGGCUCCAUUGCAAAGAUGCUCCAACAUGCAGCUUCCAAUAAGAUGUUCCUGGGAGAUAAUGCCCACUUAAGCAUCAUUAAUGAGUAUCUUUCCCAGUCCUACCAGAAAUUCAGACGAUUUUUCCAAACUGCUUGUGAUGUCCCAGAGCUGCAGGAUAAAUUUAAUGUGGAUGAGUAUUCUGAUUUAGUAACCCUCACCAAACCAGUUAUCUACAUUUCCAUUGGUGAAAUCAUCAACACCCACACUCUCCUGUUAGACCACCAGGAUGCCAUUGCUCCAGAGCACAAUGAUCCAAUCCAUGAACUGCUGGACGACCUUGGAGAGGUGCCCACCAUUGAGUCCCUGAUAGGGGAAAGCGCUGGCAAUUUAAAUGACCCAAAUAAGGAGGCACUGGCUAAGACAGAAGUGUCUCUCACAUUGACUAAUAAGUUUGAUGUGCCUGGAGAUGAGAAUGCAGAAAUGGAUGCUCGGACCAUCUUAUUGAACACAAAACGUUUAAUCGUGGAUGUCAUCCGAUUCCAGCCAGGAGAGACCUUAACUGAAAUCCUAGAAAUACCAGCCACCAGUGAACAGGAAGCAGAACAUCAGAGGGCCAUGCAGAGACGGGCUAUUCGUGAUGCUAAAACUCCUGAUAAGAUGAAAAAGUCAAAGACUGUGAAGGAAGACAACAACCUCACUCUCCAGGAGAAGAAAGAGAAGAUCCAGACAGGCUUAAAGAAGCUAACGGAACUUGGAACUGUGAACCCAAAGAACAAAUACCAGGAACUGAUUAACGACAUUGCCAGGGACAUUCGGAAUCAGCGGAGAUACCGACAAAGGAGAAAGGCAGAACUGGUGAAAUUGCAACAAACAUAUGCUGCUCUGAAUUCUAAAGCCACCUUUUAUGGGGAGCAGGUGGAUUACUAUAAAAGCUAUAUCAAAACCUGCUUGGAUAACUUAGCCAGCAAGGGCAAAGUCUCCAAAAAGCCUAGGGAAAUGAAGGGAAAGAAAAGCAAAAAGAUCUCUCUGAAAUAUACAGCAGCGAGACUUCAUGAAAAAGGAGUUCUUCUGGAGAUUGAGGACCUACAAGUAAAUCAGUUUAAAAAUGUUAUCUUUGAAAUCAAUCCAACAGAAGAAGUUGGAGACUUUGAAGUGAAAGCCAAAUUCAUGGGAGUUCAAAUGGAGACAUUUAUGCUACACUAUCAGGACCUGCUGCAGCUACAGUAUGAAGGAGUUGCCGUUAUGAAAUUAUUUGAUAGAGCUAAAGUAAAUGUCAACCUCCUGAUCUUCCUUCUCAACAAAAAGUUCUACGGGAAGUAAUUGAUCAUUUUGCUGCCAGCCCAGAAGGGUGAAGGAAAGAAACACCUCACCGCUUCUUUCUAGGAUCCUUCUUUACUCGUUGGAAGCAGAGGCUCACCCCACAAUGAUGCCCCACUUCAGUACUCUCCCAAUGCCCCAUUUUAUCUUCUUUCACUCUAAGAGACAUUUGUUGCCCAUUUUUUCAUAGUGAAAUUGUAUUUCAGACUUAGUAUGACCCUUCUGCUUCCUUUGUUUUCUUUCAUCAUUUAGGAAGGAGUGGAAACUCCACCAAAAUCCCUUGCUGUUGUUAUAGCCUUUGAAGUGGUAUUACUAUUUUGUAAGCUUUCGUGUUUGUUUUACUUAGUAAUAAGGAUAGUGGAGUUCAAAUUAUUGUUAUUUAGAAGUGGAAUUAGCAUCAAUAACAGGUACAUAUAACAUACACAAAAUGUCAGGUUAUCAACAGUUAUUAGGUUGUCAUUUAAAAGUGAAGCUCUCUCCUGGGCAUGGCGGUACACGUCUGUAAUCCCRGCAACUUGGGAGGCUAAGGCAGGAGGAUCACAAGUUGGAGGACAGCCUCAGCAAU